AUGCACACCUCGAGACGCUCGACCGCAGGCUCCCGCGGCCGCACGGGUCCGACAAAAGGCCAAUCUACCAUCAGCUUCGCCAACAAAGUCACCAAAAGCGUACCCAAAGCCACCAAGAAGCUCCAAUCGCCAGCGCACACACAGCCCGAGCUCCCCGAGCGGACGGCGCCAGGGGCCAAGAGGCCCCAAGAGACGGUAGACGACGGCCACGAGGAGGACGAGGCCGGGGCGCCGCAACCAGAGGCCCCCGCCGCUAAGUCGGCGGCAGAGGCGGCGGCCGAGAAAGUGACCGACUCGCAAAUCCGCAAGUACUGGAAGGGCAUCGAGAGGAUACGCAAGGCGCCGAGGGUGCAUCAGGCGGAGCUGUCCGUGGACGAAAAGGUCCUGCGGUACUUUGACGUCAGCUCGCAGUAUGGGCCUUGCAUCGGCAUCGAUCGCACGAAGCGGUGGCAGAGGGCAGAGCGCCUGGGGUUGAGCCCGCCUAUCGAGGUGCUUUCGGUCUUGCUGAAGGAGAAGAAGAACCCGGCAAGAGGGGCCGAAACGGCACAGAUGGAUGAUAUCCUCAACCCGAUAGCCAGUGGGCCGUGA